CACAGGGAGCAGCAGCAAUGUGAGCUGAGCUGUCAGACAGCGCUGGCUGCAGGGAUCUAUACACUGGCCGCUGCAGGGAUCUAUAUACACUGGCCGCUGCGGGGAUCUAUAUAUAUACACCCUGAGCACUGGGGGACUAUGGCUGAGGGUCCUGCUCCCCCCUAUAUGGGGCUCUAGAAGUCAUCUCAUGGUGUUGCAACCGAGAGAGGAAAGCGCCGAUUCAGCUUCAUGUGACAAUCUGAACUAUGGGAGAGAACGAUGGCGACAAACAGGCGCAGGCUGGGCAGCUCUUUGAAAACUUUAUCCAGGCCACAACAUGUAAAGGAACCCUGCAGGCCUUCAACAUCCUCACGCGGCAGCUAGAAUUGGACCCCAAAGAUUAUCGCCACUUUUACACCAAGCUCAAGUCCAAGGUCACCAGCUGGAAAGCCAAGGCUCUAUGGAAUAAGCUCGAUAAACGGUACAGCCAGAAGGAGUACAAGAAAGGGAAAGCAUGUCUGGGCACACAGUGUUUAAUAAUCGGAGGGGGCCCCUGCGGACUUCGGACAGCCAUUGAACUCGCCUGCUUAGGAGUCAAAGUGGUGGUUGUGGAAAAGAGAGACACGUUUUCCCGGAACAAUGUCCUUCACCUUUGGCCUUACACCAUCCACGACCUCCGCUGUCUCGGUGCUAAGAAGUUCUACGGCAAGUUCUGCGCAGGAGCCAUUGAUCAUAUAAGUAUCUGGCAGCUGCAGCUGAUGCUGUUUAAGAUCGCCCUCCUGCACGGAGUAGAGAUUCACGUCAACAUAGAAUUUGUCAAACUCCUGGAGCCGCCCGAAGACCAGGAGAACCAAAAAAUAGGCUGGCGGGCAGAGUACCUUCCUCAGGACCACCCACUAUCAGAAUACGAGUUUGACGUGAUUAUUGGGGCUGAUGGACGCAGAAACACUCUGGAAGGAUUCAGAAGGAAAGAGUUCCGCGGGAAACUGGCAAUCGCCAUAACUGCCAACUUCGUUAACAGAAACACCACAGCGGAAGCCAAAGUGGAGGAGAUCAGUGGCGUCGCCUUCAUCUUCAACCAGAAAUUCUUUCAAGACUUGAAGGAAGAAACAGGGAUCGAUCUUGAAAACAUUGUGUAUUACAAGGACAGUACGCAUUACUUUGUGAUGACUGCAAAAAAGCAGAGUCUGCUGGAUAAAGGGGUCAUUCUGAAUGACUAUGCUGAUGCGGAGAUUCUCCUGUGCACAGAGAACGUGGACCAGGACAGUCUGCAGUCCUACGCUCGAGAAGCUGCAGACUUCGCAACUAAUUACCAGCUGCCAUCUUUGGAUUUUGCCAUCAACCAUUACGAUCAGCCUGACGUGGCCAUGUUUGAUUUCACCUCUAUGUACGCGUCUGAAAACGCCGCCCUGGUCAGGGAACGCCACGGACACCAUCUCCUGGUUGCUCUGGUUGGAGACAGCUUGCUUGAGCCUUUCUGGCCAAUGGGGACAGGCUGUGCCCGAGGAUUUCUGGCAGCAUUUGAUACAGCCUGGAUGGUGAGGAGCUGGGCGCAGGGAGCGCCGCCUCUUGAGGUCAUUGCUGAACGGGAGAGUCUGUAUCGCCUACUACCUCAGACAACGCCAGAGAACAUCAGCAAGAACUUUGACCAGUACACAAUUGACCCGGGAACUCGGUAUCCCAAUCUCAACUCUAACUGCGUCCGGACUCACCAGGUAAAACAUUUACACUUUACCAGUGAGCUUCAAGGCUGCCCCCUGGAGAGAGUAAGCUCCAUCAGGAGAUCAGUGGGGGUCACCAGGCACGAGUCUGACAUUAGGCCCAACAAACUCCUGACUUGGUGCCAGAAGCAGACUGAGGGCUACAGGAAUGUCCAUGUCACCAACCUGACCAGCUCCUGGAAAAGUGGCCUCGCUCUCUGUGCCAUUAUCCACCACUUCCGGCCAGACCUCAUUGACUUUGACUCCUUGAAUGAAGACGACAGUGUCAGGUGUAACCAGUUGGCGUUCGACAUUGCGGAGAAAGAGUUUGGAAUCUCGCCCGUUACCACAGGGAAGGAGAUGGCAUCUGUGGAAGAGCCCGAUAAACUCAGCAUGGUUCUGUACCUCUCUAAGUUCUACGAAUUGUUUAGGGGAUCCCCCCUGAGGCCCGUUGAUUCCUCACCAAGAGAAAAUAGGAAGAACAGAGAUGCAUUUUCUUCAAAACCAUCCAGCCUACUCUCUAAUAAUUACCUCAAUUUAACCUUACCAAGAAAACGAGUGCCAAAGGGAGAAAAUAAAGCGGAGGAGAAUGACGCAAACAAGAGGAGAAGAAGGACGAUGCUGCUCUUUGAUGAGCCAGCAAACUUUACGAGUGAAAGUCUCAGCUCCGGCAAUGAGUGUAGCGACACGAAGGAGGUCAUUAAUCAGAAUAAAGUCCGAUCUAUGGCUACACAGCUGCUGGCCAAGUUUGAAGAAAACACAUCCAGUGCAUCAGUAAGGAGACAGUCCACUCCGCAGGCUUUGCCCCUAUCUGAUAACUCUACGUCAGAGCUGCUCUGCGGCGACCAAGCUCCUGUUAACCCUCGCUUUGCUAAACCUCCGGACCCAACCCUUUGUCCCGCUCAGACUGAGCCCAGAAGGCAGUUUCAGGCAGUAGCUAGGACUCUGGUCAGACCAACGGCACCACCGUCUGUGCCCGCCAGAGUGCCCGCCACAGCUAUUGUAACCAGGGAGCCGAGGUCUAGAGAAGACACAGAGGUACCCUCCAGCCCUUCAGAAAGAAAAGACUCUCUCAUCUCCUCCUGUCCUUCUGCUCUGGUUCUCUCUGGUAUCUUAGAGCGUCUGCAGCAAAUUGAAGAAAGGGCUGAGCAGAAAAGAGCUCAGGCUUUAGCAAUACGAGACUUUCAUAAAAAGAAUAUUAGAGAAAAGGCGGCACACCUGGCCUCCAUGUUUGGAAGCGCGGAUUUCCCACAGAAUAAACUUCUGCCCCCUGGCUUGUCCCAUUUUCCAUCUAAAGUCCCUUCCUGUGACCCCCAAGUUCCUGGCUCUUCCCCUCCUUCAUCUCCAUCCAUCGCUUACUCCGCCCCAAGCGACUGUCAGUCUAACAAGAAUAAAAUCCUGUCCCCUGGCUUAUCCCAUUUUCCAUCUAAAAUUCCUUCCUAUGAUCCCCAAGUUCCUGACUCAUCUACUUUAUCUCCAUCUGCCUCUGUCUCCGCCCUCAGUGAUUCUCAGUCCAAGAAGAUGACUGUAGGAAGUGUGUCCAGCAGGAUAGGUGCCGUGGCUGAAGUUCUGGUCAAUCUUUACAUGAGCGAUCACAGAACUAAGACCAGGUCAUCAGAGCCGGUGAAUAAUGCAACUUUGUGUUACACGCAGAGUUCUGAGGAGGGAACAGUGACUGUACUCCUAGCUGAUUCCUCUACUGCUUCUCCUACUUCUUCUCCUGUCUCUCCUCUCCGAAAGGGAUCUCUACGGAAGGAAUUUCCUGCAAAUAUUGGAGGGAGCAAUACUUGUUACUUCUGCCAGAAGCGUGUGUACGUCGUGGAGCGGCUGAGCGCCGAGGGACAUUUCUUCCACCGAGAAUGUUUCAAGUGUUCCUUCUGCUCUACGGUUCUCCGUCUGGGAAAUUACGUAUUCAAUAUGGAAGAAGGUAAAUUUUAUUGCCAGCCACAUUUCAUACACUCGUUCUCAAACAAUAAACAGCGAAAGCGGAGGACCGAUUCCAAAUCGCAGGAUCAAGAUAAAACAUGGCGGCGAGAAGAAGCCAGGGCUGCGGAGGUCACAACGGAUAGUCCUUACAGCGCUGAAAGCAGUUCAGAGGAAAGCUCUCCAGAUGAACCUACUUCACCUAAGAAAUCCAGGAGUGAUUCCGCCUUCGGUGUUUUCAAAAGGAGAAAUUCGUCUGUGUCUACGGAGUGGAAAUCAGUCAGGAUUGGCCCUGAGGAAGAGACAGCGGAAAACAACCUGACGGCCGUCCGCGUCAUGGUGCUGAGCGACGAGAGCAGCUCAGACACAGAGUAUGUUCCAGAGGAGAAUCAUGCAAGGAUAAGUCACCGGAGACUGUCAUCGCGGAAAAAGGAGAGACAGUCCGUACACAGCGAUGAGCGCGGUGACCCGGGAAGCCCAUCUAUAGCUGCAGAUGCACUUGUUCGCACCAGCAACUUUCCGUCCGUGACGUCAAACCGACCCCAGAGAUGGAGGAGGAAAAUACAGACAACUCUGCCUCUUAUCAUUGGUAAGAGACCAUCUAACAUUUCAAGAGAGGGUUUGCCCAACACCCUGAGCUCUGCAGAUAAUGAGGUGUUCCACAAAAAUACUUCUGAACAUUUCACAGACUCGCACUUUCCAAAUGUGAGUGAGAAGGAUCAGGAGGAGGAAUAUCAAACGAUACCAUCAUAUGUUCCUCAUCACAAGGCUCUUCUGGCCAAUGGCACUUACCCAAAACUUGGUGCAUAUGGGUCAUCGAAUGCUCCAAAGCCAAGUUCAUACCUCCAUUACACCUACCACAAGUCUGAACUUGGUGGAGACAGAGAUGUGGACCUCGCUCCUGAUGCUCAGUUGGAGUAUCUCAGUGACAGCAGCGAUGUGUUUGAGAAGGAAGAUAGAACAGAUGAACGGAAUAAGCUGCCUCAACUGGACAGACCUCAAAACUCAACACUUAAGAAGCUUGUUCUUUCUCAUGAGGAAAAAUCCAAACUUCUCGACUGGAGCGCUACCAAUCCACGACCAGCUAACAAGGACAUCCGUGAGCAAGCCACUUCUCGUGUCAGUAAUGAUCCAGGAGGGGAGCCAGAGAGCAGAGGUAAAUCCUCCACCUUCACCAUCUUGUCCAACGCAAUUAAGCGAUCGUUUAAUCGCUCCGUGAGUUCUGCUCCAGACAGCCCGAGACACAUUUCACCUGCUAAAACCAAACCAAUGGCACAGACUAGCUACUUUCAUUUUCCUGGUUCAUUCUUCAGAAGAAGCCGUAGUAACUCGGAAAGUCAGCCCUGCUCCAAUGACACUGAAAUGAAGUCCUUUCCCAACCCCUUCUCCUCAUCCCGCAGCAAUUUCAAGGCCUCUGUUGAUGGGGUUCCCAGAAAUGUUGGACCUCCACCCUCCCAGAACAUGAAACAGGACUCUUCUAAAGUAGAAGACAUGCCAAAAAUGUUAGAAAGGUUCACCAUCAGGGAGAAUCAUCAAGGCAGUACGAAUUCCGAUCUUCCUUUCAGGAAUAGAAGAAAUUCUAUCUUUUCCUCUCUGCGACUAAUAAGCAAAGCCCCUGAGAUCCCACCAAAUGCACCAUCAAGUGACACGUGGUACGCUCCUUGGAACUUUGGGAGGAAAGCCAAUGAGAAAGAAUUGGGAGAGAGACCUCAAACAAGUUCCUCGGGUGCUCCAAGUCUACCACCUGUGGCCCAACCAGGCGUGACAGACGUCAGAGCAGCAAAGUCUGAGAAUUACAGCAGCUCUUCCGAUGACGAUGUCAGGGAUAAUCGCUCCCUGUCGUAUAAGGACACCCGGGCUUCCAAACAUCGGAGAAAGAUGGAGAGAGAGGCCAGGCUGAAAGCUAAACAAGAGGAGCUGAAGAGGUUGCACAAGGCUCAGACAAUACAGCGCCAGCUUCAGGAGACUGAAGAGAAGCAGCGAGCCCUCGAGAUACAAGGCGUCAGGCUUGAAAAGGCUCUCCGAGGAGAAGCAGACCCAGGCGUCCGGGAUAAGAGGCAGCUCCUCCACGAGUGGUACCAGCUCGCCCUGGAGAAGAGUAAAUUGAAUCGUUACGAAUCCGAGCUGCAGUCCGUAGCCAAAGAGCUAGAUCUGGAGGACCAGCAAGGACGGCUGGAGCAGAAACUGCGAGAGAAGAUGAUGAUUGACCCGGCCCUGAAGGACGAGGAGGACAUCGCAGAGGAAGAGGUCAUACUCGCCGAGAUGAUGAGAGUCAUCGAGCACAGGGAUAAGCUUGUGACUGGCAUUGAGGAACAAAGACUCAGAGAGACGUCCGGACAGAGAGACCUGGCGGAUCUCUCUCUGCCCGUGGACUGCCAGCUGAAGAUGGGUGUCGUAAACAACAUGAGGAUUAUUUAAUGAUAAGCUAUGCAGCGGGACUCAUCCUUGGUGCAGCUUUACUGCAAAACGUGACAGUGUUUCAUGUAAGCAACUAACCAAUGUUCCGGUGACAUUCUGUGCCUGGGUUGUGCCCUGGUAUGAGGAGGGAACACCGUACCGGUGAGGGUAUGGUCGCCCAGAACUGGGUGUUAUCAUCUGGUUCGUCUCCGCUCCUCAACCACAAGUCACUUUGUUGUUGAUUCCUUUACAGUAUUCGGGAGGGGAACGUAAUGCGCCCAUUACUGAUAUGCAGCAAAGAACAAGAAAACUCUGGGGCCAAUGACAGAACUUAGUAAUGGUCCAGGAGUAAAAUAUAAUGUUUAUACUAAUUAUAGAGCUCAGACGCUGUACAGGUAUAUACAAUGUACGCCUGUAGACACUGCGCACAGCCCGCGCCUCCUGCCGUCACGACUACUGUUCCAUUUACUAAGCGGGACUGUGAAGAAGAACUGUACGAGGUCACUGACAUUAUCCGCAGCACGGACGGUGUAAUGGUUAGCAUCACUGCCUCACAGCACCGAGGUGAUGGGUUUGAUUCCCACCAUGGCCCUAUAUGUGUGGAGUUUGUAUGUUCUCACUGUGCUGUUGUGGGUUUCCUCCAGGUACUCCGAUUUCCUCCCACACUCCAAAAACAUACUGAUAGGUUUAUUGGCUCCCAACAAAAAAAUGAGCUCUAGCAUGUAAGUGUGUGCGUGUACAUGGGCAGACUAGAUUAGCCACGUUGUUCUCAUCUGCCUUCACAUUAUGGGGUCUAUUCAUGAAGCAGUGAAAAGUGUGGAGAAGUGAGCAGGUGGAGAAGUUGCCCAUGGCAACCAAUCAGCAUUGAAGUAUCAUUUAUAAUUUGCAUACUAUACAAUUGUACGAAGCAGCUGAUUGGUUGCCACGGGCAACUUCUCCACAGGCUCACUUCUCCACUCUUAUCACUGCUUUAUGAAUAGACCCCUAAGAGAUUUUGUGACGCAGUCAGGUUGCACUGCAAAGUGGUGUAUCCACUAUGUACAGAGGUUGCUGGCACUUAGGAAAGUCUUCCAGGGUUUGUUUUAAUUGAUCCCGCCACUAAAACUUUUUCAGUUAACCAUGAAAAUAUGAAAUACUUUUAAAUAUGUUAAUUUAAGUGAUAAAAAGAAUUGAAAGCGCAGCCAAUGUAAUCGCAGUGGCGGCCACCGAUCCAAGUUAUGAGGACCUGGUUCCUGGUGAAGUCGUUGAUAUGGGUUCAUUUUGUUGCUGCCUCUGCACAUGAAUCACAGAAAGUUUCCAUUAUACAAUUUGCGAUGGGCAGUGCCAGCGUAUUAUACUGCAACACCCACAGCAUGUGACCUACACAAAGCACCUACAGUAGGUUACACUUGUACAGCAACAUCAGUACUGUAGUAAGGUGGCAUCUCCCAGACUCGGCCUAUAGUACGCUUCAGCUCUUCCACGUUCUGCACCAAUAGAGUCAGGGUAGAACAUUUAAAUGUAAAACUUGCUUUAGUGAGAGGCGGGCACCUGAGGAGCACGGUUAUCACACGGAGUGCACUUGUGGAUAUACACGUAAGAACGCGUUAGUGCUGGUCUAUUGUGUAUUCUCUGUCAGAAUCCUGUCGUAGCGAGUUUUGCAAUGGCAUUAAAAAAAAAAAAUACAUCACCCAGCAAAAGGGAAAUACCUGAAUAUUCCGAGUAAAUUAUCUUCUCAUUGUCAUAGGUUUGAAAUACUCCAGAAAUUCAGUUUCUUUUCUGCACAGAAUUAAAUUCCUUCUAAAACCAAUAAAAAAAAAAUAAAAAAAAAAUCCCUGACAAAAAGAGAUUGCGCCAUGUGUGUGUCUGGUCUCGGACACUGUUAUCUACCACCACAGAUUAUUAUACUGAAGGGAAGGAACAGAUGCCUGUACUGUAUCUGGUGCCGGAAUACGGAGCCAGAGUGAUUCCGCUGCAGUCAGGGUCUAUCAGGACUCCCUAUGUCUCCCUAUCUCUCCGUUGCUGCUACAAAUGAGAUGAAUGUGAUGUGUGUUACUUUGUGACUUGUUAUUACACUACCUAAUCAGGCGUGUGGCACAUACUGUACAAUUAUUGUCCGUAUACUUAAUAAAGUGGGUGCGAUACGCAGUACUAAUAAUUGCUGUCACCACUAUAAUAUACUAAAUGAAUUGCUUUCCUUGUGCAGAUGUCCCAAUGCCUGAUAUAUAAGUAAUAAGCGUGGUCUGUGUAAAUAAUUGUACAUAUACUGAAGGGAAUAAACGCCCCACGCCCUCGUUGUGUGGAGUCUGCAAAUCUACCUAGGAGAAGAAUCAACCAAAGAGAGUGACGGAACCUUAAUGUUCUGUCUGAGGAUAGAGGUAUCGGUGUGUUUAUUAUAUCACAUCGAUAACCUCUUACCUCUAUAGUGUGUGUGUGUGUGUUUGUGUGUGUGUGUGUGUGUGUGUGUGUGUGUGUGUGUGUCAGAUCACAUCUUCUGUGCAGGUAUAAAUAAAUCAUUUUAUUCAAUAUUUAUUAACAAUUAUCUGUUGGCGUAUAUGAGGCUGUUUUGUGAGUGCACACUACUCAUGUUGUUGCAUUUAGGGGUUCAUUCCGAGUUGAUCGCUCGCUAGCAGUUUUUAGCAGCCGUGCAAACGCUAUGCCGCCGCCCACUGGGAGUGUAUUUUAGCUUAGCAGAAGUGCGAACGGUUGUAUCGCAGAGCGGCUACAAACAUUUUUUGUGUAGUUUCAGAGUAGCUCAAAACCUACUCAGCGCUUGCGAUCACUUCAGACUAUUCAGUUCCAGAUUUGACGUCACACACCUACCCAGCGUUCGCCCAGCCACGCCUGCGUUUUUCCUGGCACGCCUGCGUUUUUCCACACACUCCCUGAAAACGGUCAGUUGCCACCCAGAAACGCCCACUUCAUGUCAAUCACUCUGCGGCAACCAGUGUGACUGAAAUGCAUUGCUAGACCCUGUGCAAAACUACAUAGUUCGUUGUGCCCAUACGUCGCGCGUGCGCAUUGCGCCGCAUACACAUGCGCAGAACUGCCGUUUUUUAGCCUGAACGCUGCGCUGCAAACAAAUGCAGCUAGCCAUCAACUCGGAAUGACCCCCUUAGACCAAUAUCAUACUGAUUACUUGUUGCUUUGCAAUACCUUAGGCUGCACCUUACCCAGACUGAGUGAGGACGUUUAUCGUUGCUACGUAAUAUACGUAAUAUUUGUAAGGAAUGCGUGAACAUAUAUUGUGUAUGUUACUGUUGUAUGUUCGAUCUAGUUACCGUGGAGUUGUUCCUUUGCAUGGUGCUGGCGGCCAUUUUGUGGGACCCGUUUUCAGCCUACAAAUUCACUGACAACUGGUGGUUUUACUGAGGCAUAAGGCAACACGUCUCAUGUCUCAGAUAUGUCAGUAGUGGCUAGAUACGCUGCGUUGCCAUGUAAGUUGGUAUGGCACACAAAAUGGCUGCCAGUACUCUAAGGAGGCAAUGGGUACUUGGUAAAGCCAGCGGCAGCCUUAGUGCAGAUGUUUUACCUCAUAAUUUUACCGUAAGUGUUAUCUUAAUUAUCAGCAACUGUUCCGUUGUCUGCUAAAAUACUGUAGGGUUUAUUUCAGUUACUCAGUGACAGCGAUUUAGUAACCAUCAAAAGUAGUAAUACUGAGUUCUUCCGCUUACUGGUAUAGUCCCUGACACUUGAAAAAGGACUUUUGACUGAUAUUAUCUCUCAAAAACUCUCAAAAACAUACUGUUGUCUCUAUUUGACAGAUAGUUACUAGUGGAUAAGACACUCCAUACAAGAUAAGCACACAACUGUAUUUCUUUAUGUAUAUUUUGACAAGCUGCACAUUUAUUUAUUGUCGUACAGUUCAUACCUGCAAGAUAUCGGAGCCGAAACCUUUCUGCGAGACUGAGUUUAUAUGUAUAUAAACUAUAUAUAUCAUGUGACUGUUAUAAACUUUAUGUAAUAAAGACGGAGCUGAUGUAAA